CAAUUAAAGCACAUUCAUCCAAAUAAGGGGGAGGGGUGAUUAAAUAUCUUCUUUUUAUACAUAUCGGCUGAAAGAAUUUGAUCAUAAACAUGACUUUCUAUCACAGCUGAGAAACAUAGCUAUGGAAGGAAGUGAGUAUUUGUACGCUCCGGCAGUGCCAGAAGGAAGAUAUGAAAACAUCACCAGCGUGCAGCAGCCACUACCCCUAAGUACUCCAAGAAAGAGGAAGAACAAGAACAAGAACAAGAACAAGGGGAGGUUUAGUGAUGAACAAAUUAAGUCACUGGAGUCGAUCUUUGAAUCAGAGACUAGGCUUGAGCCCAGGAAGAAGGUGCAACUUGCAGGAGAGCUUGGGCUGCAGCCACGGCAGGUUGCCAUAUGGUUUCAGAACAGAAGGGCUAGAUGGAAGUCCAAACAGAUAGAGCAAGAAUACAGAACACUCAGAGAUGAUUAUGAAAAUUUAGCAUCCCAGUUUGAGUCCUUAAAGAAGGAGAAGCAAUCCUUGCUCAUUCAGUUGCAGAAACUAGGUGAUUUGCUGGGCAAAACUGAUGAUGGGAAUGGGGACAGUAAGGGUUUGGAAGGAAAUAACACAGUCGGUAGAUCAGAUAAUGUAAGUGAUGACAUUGAGACUAAAGAAAGGCCUAGUUGCGCAGAUGAAGAUUAUAAGAACGAUCUUGGGAGCUUUGGGGAGGAAGGGCAUGGAUUCUUGAACGUGUCCGAACAACAUGGUCCCUUAGCAUCACUUGAAAAAUGGUACAGCUAUGAUUCAGGUGGUCUGCUUGAUCACUCAUAUUGUAGCAGUUCAUACUCAUGUCUAAAUUCUUGGACAUGAAAAAUCAUGCACCUCGCUUACAGAAGCUGGAUGUUCGUUUGUUAACUGAAGUCUUAUGUUGGCUGGGCGGUCAAGAGGACAGAGGACAGAGGGAAUGAGAAUUGGAAAUCUGGCUCGCACUGAUUUGGCCAGGAAGAUCAAAGCUAAUCCACCUACAGAAGGAAGAGAAGCGAAGGCAGCAAAGGAGAACUAAUCACUUAAUUAAUUAAGAGCGUCGCUCAGAUCAGAUAUGUAUGGCUGCGCGUGUGUGCGUGUGUUGGUGAGAAUCUGGCAAACAUGCAUGCAUGAAUCAAUGUAGAGAGGAUUUGAGAUCUUUCUUGAAAUGAUAUAGCAGAUCUAAUUUGUUU